AUGGCAAUGGAUAAAAAGGCAUCAUGGAAAUGUUUACAAUGUCGCAAUGCCAAUAUGUCUUCCACCGCGGCGGACAUAACUACUGUCUUGCAUGAAAUUAAGGCUAUGCGUGGAGAUCUCAACAGCAUGCGCUCAGAUAUAACCUCAAACACCAAGGCUGUGGAGGAAUUUAACUAUCAAUUAUCUUGUCUAGCUGCUCGCUUUAACAACUUAGAUAGCCGAAUUUCUACAGUGGAAACAAUAAUACAAAAGGAUUUGACCUCUGCCAACAUUACAAUUGAUGAACUUCGUCGUGUCAAUAACGAGCAGGAUCAACACUCGAGAUUGAAUAAUGUUGAAAUAUCAGGAGUGCCAGUCUCGAAUGGUGAAAAUCUGCUAUCUAUUGUACGUGAUAUCUGUCAUAAGGUUGCGUUUCAAUUACAAGAAUCUGAUGUAGAUUACAUCCAUCGUGUUCGUCGUUUUGUGAAUCCCAACAUUAGUGAAGGUCAAACACAGUCUUCUAGCAGCCGUCCCCCCGCGAUCAUAGUCAGGUUUAGCAGGAGACUCCGCAAGGAUACGCUGAUAGCAGCGGUGCGCGCGCGCCGCGGCCUUACAACAGCUGAUAUAGGUUUGCCUGGACCCACAGUGAACCUAUAUGUGUCAGAUCACCUUACUCCAUCUAAUAAGUUACUUCUGAAGCAGGCCAGGAAAAUCAAAGAAGAUUUACACUACUCUUAUUUAUGGAUCGUGACUGUAAAUUAUUUAUUAGAAAGAGUGAUAAAUCUAAGGCUCUCCGUAUAA